CACUUAGCAGAAACGUCCCACCCUUUUGUUAACUCCAAAAGUCUUCUAAAAUCUCUCCAAUUCAACUCUAUACUAGUUACACACACAGACACUUUUCUCCAUCUUCUUUCUCUCCAAUUCAUUUCUUUCUAUUGGUUAUCCCAUAUUCGAUCAUAUCGCUCUCUGGUCCUGAAUCUCAUUUGUUCUCAUACCCAUAUAUGAUUCUCAUUCAUCACCAAAAAAAAAAAGGAAAUGUCACUUCCAAAGCAUGUCCACAGAUUUUUCAAGUUUAGAAUCCCAUAAAUUUCUUGUCAAAAAACCCCACUUUUCUAAAUUCAUGAAUAGUUGUUGUCUACUUUAGAUAUUCCCUUUCUUGAUUGCAUCUUUACCUCUUAUAGUGCUUUUUAUGUUAGACUAAUCAGGUUUUGCCAGCACAGAGUUUUAUUCCUCUCUUUUUUUCUUUCUUUUUUUCCUGAAUAUAAAAGACAAAUGAUUUGUGGGGAGUUUUCACGUGAAGUUGUAGGGAUGGCUUGGAUUAUGCUAAGGAUUGAUUAUUCAACGUCGUUUGGGCUUUUGUUUGGUGUUUUCUCUUAUGAAAAUCAUGAAGGAAAGCCUGGGAUUUCAUAGCAUUGGUUUUAGUUCUCUCGUUCUCUUUCUCUCUCUCUAUAAUAAAGUUUAGUGAUAAUCAUAUAGGAGUUGCUUGCUAGAGAUAUAUAACAUAUAUAUAUCCUUCAAAAGUAAAAGAAGAAGCUUUUCUUUUGGUGGAGUUGUUUACUUUCCUUGUGUAUAUAAGGUUUUGAUUCACCAUGCAUAAACUUCGGUUGAAUGAAAUGCUUGAUUUUAAUGGAGCAAACUUGGAGUUGGAAUAUGUGGAAAUGGAUUCAUCUAAACGCUAUGGACGUUUCAAAUAUAUCCUUGGGAAAGGAGCAACAAAGAUAGUAUACAAAGCAUUUGAUGAGUUACUAGGAAUGGAAGUAGCUUGGAACCAAGUGAAACUCAAUGAUGUCUUUAGGUCACCAGAAGAAUUACAAAGGCUCUACUCAGAAGUUCAUCUCCUCAAAGAACUUGAUCAUGAUUCCAUCAUGAAAUACCAUGCAUCUUGGAUCAAUGUUGAAGGCAGAACAUUCAACUUCAUUACUGAAAUGUUUACCUCUGGCACCCUUAGAGAGUAUAGGCACAAAUACAGGCGAGUAAAUAUACACGCAAUUAGGAAUUGGGCACGCCAAAUCCUCGGGGGCCUUGCUUAUUUGCACUGUCACGAUCCUCCAGUUAUACAUCGAGACUUGAAGUGCGACAACAUCUUUGUCAAUGGACAUCUUGGCAAAGUCAAAAUUGGUGAUUUAGGAUUAGCAGCCAUACUUUGUGGAUCACACCAUGCUCAUAGUGUCAUAGGUACUCCUGAGUUUAUGGCACCGGAAUUAUACGAAGAGGAUUAUGAUGAACUGGUAGAUGUAUACUCUUUUGGCAUGUGUGUGUUAGAAAUGCUCACUUCUGAGUAUCCAUAUAGUGAAUGUUCAAAUCCAGCUCAGAUAUACAAGAAAGUGACCUCGGGAAAGCUACCAAAAGCAUUUAACAAGAUCAAUAAUGAAGAAGCCCAAAGAUUUGUUGGAAAAUGCUUGAGUCCUGCUUCUGAAAGGCCAUCUGCUUCUGAGCUAUUGAAGGAUCCAUUCCUUGCUGUUGAUGAAGAUGAAGUACAAUUAUCUCCUGUCAUAAAUUUGCCAUGUCCAAAGUUUACGCCAAAUGGAAAACAGAAUGAAAUACCUUGUCAGCCUGAUGAUUCAGUAUUAGGUGGCACAGACAUGACAAUCACAGGAACAAUGAAUCCUGAAGAUGACACCAUCUUUCUCAAAGUGCAAAUUUUUCAAAAGAAUGGACAAGCCAGGAACAUAUUCUUCCCUUUCGACAUUUCUAAUGACACUGCAUUGGAAGUGGCCACAGAAAUGGUGAAGGAGUUAGACAUAACAGAUUGGGAUCCUCUUCAAAUUGCUGAUAUGAUUGACAAUGAGAUAUCUGCUCUAAUUCCAACAUGGAAGAAGUCAUACUCUUUUCAGAAUUAUGAACAACAGCAUAGCUUCAACUACAUAGAAGAUGAUGAUGAUGAAAACACUCGCAAUCCUUUUUAUUACAUUUCCUCCCAUUCUUCUUCUCAACUUUCUCUGCCUGGUCUCCUCCCUUCUUAUGACUCAACAUUCCAUCAAGGGAAACUAGAUCAUGAUUGGCUUCAAGGUUUAUUUAUUCAUAUUGCAGAUGAGUUGAAAUUGUAUGAUGAUUCUAGUUCUCAAUGCUCGAUGAACUCCUACGGAUCAUACAACAACUUAAACUUUCAUUCCCUUCAUGAAGAUGAUGCGGAUUAUAUGAGUUCCAAGAAAGUAGAAUCUCAGUGUACUCAGAAGACAAGAAAAUGUAGUACAAGGUUUUGUCCUGAAACAAGCAUGUCCAAGAAUCAGAACACAAAACUAGUGAAUCAACGCCCGAAAUUGACUAAGGUACGGUCAUUGGUUGAUAUACGUAGUCAAUUGCUGCAUCGUUCUCUUGUCGAAGAGAUAAACAAGAGGCGAUUGUUCAAGACUGUUGGUGCCGUUGAGAAUAUUGGCUAUCACGAUCCUGGGAUUGAAAAAGGCCAUGGCUUAGGUUGGUAACCCUCAUUGCACUUUACAGUAUGCUCGUCGAAGGUUGGAGAUAGUGAGAUAGUUAAGCCUAAUAAAACGAAAAGAAUGGUCUCUCCCUUUCUUCUUUCUCCUUAUUUACUCUUUUUUCAAGUCCCUUGGAACUUAAAACCCCGAUGAAAUAAUUUACUCAUCGUGUGAUUGUAAAAUAUUAUGGACUCUCAAACUUUAAACUUACUGUUUAUGUGAACUACAUUUCCCUGGCA